AUGCCCUAUGCGCACCUAGUGAACCCAGAGACCGGUUUGCUGCUGCCUCGUUCCAGCAGCAGCAGCAGCAGCAACAGCAGCAGCAACAGCAGCAGCAGCAGCAGCACGAACUGGGGCAACUUGAAUCUGUACAAAGCCAACCUGGUGCGGGCACACUGCAUUGCUGCGCUGCUGUGGGGCCUGGGGAUACGGUUUGCUGGCAGCAACGACCCUGCUGCUGUGCUGCUGCUGCUGCAGUACUACUCGGUAUUUGCAUGCGCGCGCAUUGCUGCUGUGGAGCCUCAGCAGCGGCCGCUGCAGCAGGAGCAGCAGGAGCAGCAGCAGCAGGACGAGCAGCAGCAGGUGGUGUGGGUCCCGUCGCUGCCAAUUCGCUGCCCCAUUUUGCAGAAGGAAGUGGGGCUGGAUGCAGCAGCAGCAGCAGCGCUGCUGCGCUGCUGCUGCUGCGCUCUGGCCUGCGUGGCUGCUGGGACCGGCAGGGAGGACGUUUUUGCUGUGCUGCUGCGGGAGCGGCGCCGCCUCAGCACUGGCGGCAGCAGCAGCAGCAGCAGCAGCAGCAGCAGCAGCAGCGGGAAGGGCUACGCGGAGCAGCUGCUGCUGCACCACUGCGUAGGCCUGCUGUUCAUGGGCGGCUGCCGCUGGUCGCUGCAGCGCAGCAACAGCCUUGCUGCUGCUGCGCUGCUGCUGGCUCUGCAGCCGCUUGCUGCAGGCGCCCCCACAGAUGCCUGCAGCAGCAAGUUGCUGCAGCAGGCCGAGAGGCACUUGUACGUUUUAGCUGCUGAGCCGCGCUACUUGCGAGCAGCAGAAAUGCAUGCAGGGGUUUCCGUGCCGCUGCCGGUGGAGCUGCUGCUGCGGCGCGACCGCCCGAGCAGCAGCAGCAGCAGCAGACGCAGCGCCGCAAAUGCAGCAGCAGCAGCAGCAGCAGCAGCUGCUGCUGCUGCUGCUGGCACUGAGGUGUACGUACGCCGUCUGUGGCUGCCCGCUAUCCUCCCAGAAGCGCCUUAUAUUUUGGGGCUGCGGGUGGCGAGCAGCAAGUACUGGCCGCUAGCUGUCAGCAGCUGCAGCAGCAGCUGCAGCAGCAGCUGCAGCAGCUGCUGCUGUUGCCAGAUAGAAAGCCUCAUUGCAGGGGGGCUCCUGCUGCUGCAAAGGAGGGCACUUGCUCUGCCCCAAGCUCCAAUACCUGCAGAGUGCCUGCAGCAGCAGCAGCAGCAAGAGCAGCAGCAGCAGCAGCAGACCCUGGCGCUGCAGCUGCAGCACAAGCUCGGAAGCAAAAUGCCGGCUCGUCAAAUGCUGCUGCAGCUGCUGCACCUGGCUUGUGCUGCUGAAGGCUGCACAGUUGACGGACUACUGCAGCAGCUAGCGCUUGUGAAUGGCACGCCUGCUGCAGCAAACGCUGCUGCUGCUGCUGCUGCUGCUGCUGCUGCUGCUGCUGCUUCUGUGCCGUGGAAGAACCCUGCGGCGGUAGAGCCCUGGGCAGCACCGCUGCAGCAGCUGCUGCCGCAUGCAGAAGAGAGCUCGGGGGGUUCCCGCUGCGGUGAGGAUACGCUGUUGCUGUUGCUGCUGCAGCGCCUGCAGCAGCAGCAGCAGCAGCAGCAAGCCAGUGGUGUGGGAAGUCUGCUCCUGCUGCAGGGCCAAAGGCCGCCGGCAGCAGCAGCAGCUGCUGCUGCGCCCGCAGAGUUCGCAGCAACGUCGCUGGAAGCAGAGCAGCAGGUUGCUGCUGCUGCACAUUGUCUGUACACUCGAGAAGCUGCAGCAGCAGCAGCAGACCUGCUGCCGCUGCAGGAGUGCGCCGUGGAGGACAAGCUCAAUGCGUUGCCUUUGCUGCAGCACUUCGCAGCAUUUGCUGCAGAAGCAGCAGCAGCAGCAGGCAAAGCAGCAGCAAUGAACUUUGGGGUCAGCCCCCUGCAGCUGCGGCGUUUGCGGCUGCUGCUGCAGCUCUCGCUUUCGCUCCCUUCAAAGGCUGGCGCGCCAAGCAGCAGCAGCAGCGGCUGCUGCUGCAGCUGCUGCUGCUGCUGCUGCAGCGGCGGUGCUGCUUACAAAGACCUUGUGACCCCUCUUGUGCCGCAGUCGCUGCUGCUGCGCUGCAGCAACAGCAGCGCCAAAGCCCUGCGGCUGGGAGGGGCGGCGCACUCUGCCUUUGUGGCUUACUAUGCAGGCUGUUUGCAUGCAGCAGCAGCAGCAGCAGCAGCUGCUGCUGCUGCUGCUGCUGCGGAUGGGAAGGACGCCGAGGAUUCGACGCGGGGGAGGGCGCAGCAGGUACUGCUGCUGCUCCACGCCGACCCCCAGCAGCAGCAGAAGCUGUCAGCAGCAGCAGCAGCAGCAAUGAAGCAGUGUGUGGACAGAAAGGGGCUGCAUGCGCAAGCUGGCGCUCUCUGCUGCUGCAGCAAAGUGCAGGAGCUGCAGCAGCAGCAGCAGCAGCGCCACAGCUACGCCAGUGCGCUCUAUUUGCUGUUCCACGGCUUGCCUUUGCUGCCGCAGUGGGUGCGCGCUGUGCUGCUGCAGGUGCCUCUGCUGCUGCAGCUGCUGCUGCUGCAGCAGCAGCAGCAGCAGCAGCAGCCCCAGCAGCACCAGGUGCUCAGCGCAGCAGUUGCUGCUGCUUGCACCCGGCUUGUCCUUGCUGCUGCUCCGGCUGCUUCAGUUGAGGGGCAGCAGCUGCUGCGCAGUGUCCUACGGCACUUUUGCUGCGCGCUGCUGCUGCUGCUGCAGCAACAGCAGCAGCAGCACCACCAGAAGCAGCAGGCUAGCGAGGAGCGGUCCUGUCAAGACUACUGA